CCUAGGAAAUGAGACUUCUGAAGUUCCUUCCUGAGUCUGAUUUCCAGACAUAUUUCAUUUGGAAGAUCACAAAGGAGGAUCCCUUAGAAGGGAAACCGCUACUUAAAGACAUGUGCUUAGAACGGACGAUGAGUUUAAAGAGUGAUAUUCCUCUAUUGUUCUGCUAACUGCUAAGCACCUCUCUGGAAUCAUACCCCAGCCUCGGUUUCUGUGAAUAUGAAAUGACUGAAUCCAACUGAGGAGGUCAAAACACUUCUCAUAUUUAACGCUCUGUGAUCUUCUGUUAGCUUAGAAGAGCGAAACUUCUAAAGUUCUUGAGCGAUGGCUUUAGAGACGUGUGGAAGCUGUUUGAGUUGUCUGCUGAUCCCUCUUGCACUUUGGAGUAUUGUCGUUAAUGUCCUAUUAUACUUCCCUAAUGGGAAAGCUUCCCAUGCUGCCAGUUAUCAGCUUCCCAACUACGUGUGGCAUUUUGAAGGGAUCUGUUUCUCAGGUGUGCUGAUCCUCCUGUUGGCAGUAAUUCUAAUCGCACUGGAGUGUAGCGUGUUCUAUCGGUGCUGCCAGAGCGAGAGCUGUAACAAAACCUACAGGAGUUUUAUCUCAAUUGUGCUAGCCCUGCUUGGAGUUGCUUUCUCUGGAUACAGCCUCAUCGUUUUCAUCUUGGGGUUGAUCCAAGGCCCCUUCUGCAAUUCCUCAAGUGGAUGGGAUUAUAUCUUCAAAGACACUGCUGGAGGGUACCUCACAGAUUACCCUGCGUGGUCUCGGUGCACGGAACCUCCGAACGUAGUGGAGUGGAGCAUCAUUUUGCUUUCUGUUCUCAUAGCCCUCAGUGGGCUGCAGCUGAUCAUCUGCUUCCUCAAAGUGGCUGCGGAGCUGAAACGGACGCUCUGUGGGACCUAUUCUGUUUUUGUCCAGGCCAGGAUUCUUUGAAAAAAAAGCAAGGAAAUCUUCACUGCUUCCUCCACCCCCAGAAAAGAAGAGAAAUGGCUUCUCCAACAUUUACAAUGGUAGAUUUGGGUGCUGCAAAGACAAUCGAAACCUUUGUCUUCAAUCUUUGUCUCUAUUUUUGAUGAAACCAUUUGAAAGGUUUGGCCAUUUACGUUUUUCCACUUGUUUUCUUACCAGUCCAGUUGACCCUGGGAAUGACUCCGUUUUUUUUUCACCCUCCACCUUGUUCUGGCAAUAGGAAGGUCUGAAUACCACUGAGCUGCUCUUUUAUUGGAAUCACUUUUUUUUUGUUUUUAAAUAAACUGCUGUAGAAGUGCUUUUAUACUCCGCUCUCUUUGUCUAAAACACAGGAAUAUUGGUUGUUCUGAAAUAGCCUGAAUCAAAGCCCGGUGUGUCAGGAGGUUUUAUUCCCUUGAGAAUUAGUGCAUUGAACGAAGCUAUGAUUUCUAAAUGAGUAAAUUUUAGUUACAGGCAAAAUACAGUGGUCAUAAAAGGCAGCAGCCUCCCCGACUCCUCCUGCUUUGGAAGUUCUUAAUGGCACACGGCAAUUACUGAGAGAAUUCCACCAAGUCUUCCUGCGGGAAGGCUUUUAGAAAGGCAUCCAGGCCUGCUUGAAAGUUUAGAUACACAGCUCUGAAGUCAGCCAUGCUAAUUAGUACAUGUUAAUAGCUGCGCUGGGUUUCUUUUUAUUUUAUACUAAGAGGCAAACAUUUUCUUUUAUCAAGAAUUAUGUGACUUGAGGGAAUAUGUGAGGGAACCUUGUGAGCAUCAGGUGUUAGCUUAUUAACAGUCUUAUAAUUCCCUAACCUUGCUAAAAGGAAGGCCAAGUUCUUGACAAUAAUCAGAUGAAAAAGAAUAAUCAGUGUUAAAUUAGCACCAAAACUGUCUUUUUAACUGCUAAAAAAAAUUAUUUCCAGUGGAAAUUCAAGGAUUCACAAAGAAGUGGGCACGUGGCUCAUUUGUACAAUAUCUGGCAGUACUGAGCACCCUGGUUUUGAGAGAACGAACACCCGGGGAAGGCGAAAUAUGUACUUUAGUCUCAUAGCAAUACAUGUAUCCCUAUUAUAUCAGAACUAUAUUACAUGAGCUAUAUCAACAUCUGAUAUAGUGUCAGACACACUAACCAUACAGUAAAUGGCAGGUGUGGGUAACAUAUAUAGAAAAAAUAGAAUAUUGGUCAUAUUGAGACAAUAUUGAGAUUUUGCCUUGAUAUUCCUAUGUCAGAUUGUUCUGAAAACCCGAUUUCUUCCCAUAGGAUUUGAAGAAUGCCUCUGUUUCAAUUGCUUAGUUUCUAUUAACUCACAAGAAGUAAUAAAGAAAUGGUGUUUAAGAGUGGGGCUGGUCUUCUGGGAGAUGGUUCAAGGUGGUGUGGAUGUUCAGAGGCACACGGUAAAAAGACAUGGUUACAAAAUGGGGAUUGUUUGCUAUUGCACCAUUGUUUUUCCCUAGGUUUAAGUAUAUACCAUAUCAUAUAUCAUCUUUAUGUACUUAGAUAAUAAUCCCACAUUCUUAUGGAUUUGUGGAUCUUGCUUGCAGACUAAAUGGGAAAAAAAACAAUCAACCUCGAAUCACAGAAUCACCAGGUUGGAAAGGACCCACUGGAUCAUCGAGUCCAACCAUUCCUAACACUCCCUAAACCAUGGCCCUCAGCACUUCAUCCACCCGUUCCUUAAACACCUCCAGGGAAGGCGACUCGACCCCCUCACCUUGGGGAAUCUUGAUGAUUUUGUGCCUGUAAAUCGUGGAGGUGUUUAUCUUGAAAAUGUUGGAAAUAUUUGAAUGAAGGUUUUCGCUAUUUGGUUGGAAAAUAGUGUGUGUGAAGUAGAUGCUCAAAGCCCCUAGAACUGCUAAAUAUUCUGAAUGCGAGUGGUGCCAUUUCACUGAAGAAAGCAAAAGAGGUAUUCUAUUCAGUCUCCAGCUCAACCACAGGGAAAAUAUAGGCUUAUCUUUAGGGAAACAGGAUGUAUUGAGAUAGAUCCUGCUAUGCUGGAUGAGAGUCGUGACAUAUACCCUAAAGUUACACCUGCAAGCUCUUAACCCUUUAUUUUUCUCCUGUAUGUGACCUUUCCACUUUUCAAUAAUUCUGUCUCUGAUCAUAAAAUAAGAGAAUGGUUUGGGUUGGAAGGGACCUUAAAGAUCAACUGGAUCAUGGAAAAGUCUUGAGCUUGUCAGACAGGAGGCACAAAGAACAGUAUCAACUUUGACAGCUUUUUCCAUAGCAGUGUUAUUGGUGGCGGUACCCAACCCUUGGCAAGGCCUCGCUGUCUUUAAUUCAUCCCUUCUUUUGUCAUAGUGUCUUGUGAAUGUACAU